GUAAAAGGUGCAUGGUGCCUGUUCCUCUAACCAACAAACUGAAGCCAAUAAUUAACUAUCCUUUCAUGGAGAAGACUGAGAGAAAGCCUCAUGACUUCAUGAACGUCCAAUUCUUCUCUCAGCUGCCCUUCAUUCGACCACCACCACCUAAAGAAAAGGGUUUUCGACUCUUCGGCAAAGAAUUCGGUGGCGACUCCAUAGUCGCCGACCAGUCAAAUUCCGGCGAGCGCGAGACUGCUGCUUCCGAGGAGGUCAAGGACAAUGACCACCAUAACGGAGAGAGCAGUCGAAAAUUCGAGUGCCAUUACUGUUCCCGGAACUUCCCUACCUCUCAAGCCUUAGGAGGUCAUCAAAACGCACACAAGAGGGAACGUCAGCACGCCAAAAGGGCACACCUCCACUCCACGGUGGUUCACGGUGGCGGCUUCUCCGACGCAAAUGUUUACGGGUUCACGAAUUAUCGUCUUGCUUCUGGACUAACACCGACAAUGGCGCUUCCCUCAUGGGGUAGCAACGGUAACACUUACAGUAGUAACGCUACUAUCUAUGGAAGGAAUGGCUUGUACUCUCAACCACCAAUUUGUGGAAGUCCUUUGGGCUUAUGGCGAAUCCCACCUGCCCAAAAUCAUCCGACUUUCAGUCGUGACCGUACAUUGCAUCCAUUACCAUUGAGUAUUAGAGAUGACUUAGAGCAAUCGCCGAUCGGUAGCUCUAGUUCUCAGAGCCGUUAUGUGUACGAAUCAAAGCCAAGCUUGCAAGAUCAUGUGAGUUUGGAUCUUCAUCUGUAAAACUAAUU